UUUAGAGAAAAAUUGCUCGCGCACGGACCUUUUCCUCGUUUCGUAUAUCAGCCAGCAGUGGAAGAGCUUCUGAGGGAAAGUUUAUUGAAGUGAAAAAAUGGUCGAUAGUGGCCAAAUUCGUUGGCAAAACGUUCGAAAAGUGUAUUGAUGCAGUGAAAUUUAGCGGUGUGAAGUUAAUUUAACCAGGAAGAAUUGGUGUGUAGAAACGGCGUGUAGCGUGCUCCAGUGGCCGAAAACUGUUUGUUGGCAACGGUGUUCAAGUGAUAGUGUAUAAUAUUUCCGACAGAUACUGGAUCAGUUAGUUUCAUUUCGUGAGGACGUAGAAAAAUGGCUGAAGAACCUAAAAUAAAGAUACAAGUGUUUCGCCCAACUUGGGAGGAAUUCAAGGAUUUUCCUAAAUACAUCGAACACAUAGAGUCUCUCGGUGCCCAUCGUGCUGGAUUGGCAAAGAUCAUCCCGCCACCAGAAUGGAAACCGCGCAAAGCCGGCUACGACUUGGACGGUCUAAACCUGACAAUACCAGCCCCGAUUUGUCAAGUCGUUGCGGGUAAACAGGGACUAUACCAGCAGAUCAAUAUUCAAAAGAAUCCACUCACGGUUAAACAGUUUUCCGAAUUAGCCAACACAGAAAGGUAUGCAACUCCGAAGCACUUCGAUUUUGAAGAUCUGGAACGCAAAUAUUGGAAGAAUAUUACUUACGUGGCCCCGAUUUACGGUGCCGAUGUGUGUGGCAGUAUUACCGAUGAUGACUGCAAUGUUUGGAACAUCAAUCGUCUUGGGACGAUACUGGAUUUCGUUAAUCAGGAUUAUGGUAUCUCCAUCGAUGGGGUGAACACGGCUUAUCUGUACUUCGGAAUGUGGAAAACUACCUUUGCAUGGCACACAGAAGACAUGGAUCUGUACUCGAUAAAUUACCUGCAUUUUGGUGCCCCCAAAACGUGGUACGCUGUUCCGCCGGAACAUGGUCGCAAACUGGAGAAGCUAGCUAACAGUUGCUUUCCGGCAAGCUUUCAAACGUGUCCAGCCUAUCUAAGGCACAAGAUGACGCUCAUAAGCCCGCAAAUAUUGAAGCAACACAACAUCCCAUUCGACAAGAUAACGCAGGAGGAGAAUGAAAUCAUGAUCACUUUCCCGUUCGGAUAUCAUGCCGGCUUUAACCAUGGUUUUAAUUGUGCCGAAUCAACUAACUUCGCACUCCAGCGGUGGAUCGAAUACGGCAAACGGGCUACCCAGUGCUAUUGCAGCUCCGACAUGGUAAAGAUCUCUAUGGACACAUUCGUUCAACGCUUUCAACCAGAUAAGUAUGAAGCAUGGAUGAAUGGAACCGACUUUGGGCCACACCCAGAGGAUCCGACGCACAUAGUUGGUCCUCCACCGCGUUUCGCAGACAAUGAGAAAGAUGAAGGUAUCGAAUCUUUCACUGAGGACGGCGAAAAAACGCCUAUGAAGAAAGCCUGCAAUAUGACAGCCAUCAAUAUUCGCAAAAUGUCGUUUAAAGAGAAAAAUCCGGACUUGGAUCUGAACGACAUUCAAAACAAUCCCCAUAUUCCGGACGAUGUGAAGAUGGUCCUUAGUGGAGCACUCACAAUGGCAGUAGGGGAUGAUCCGGAGGAAGAGUUUGAUGAGGAAGAUUCCGGCAAAUCACCCAGCAAAUCUGAUACCACAUCUGACAGCUUCAAAUCUACAUCGUACGAUCCGUUCGAUUCCGACGACGAUGACGAUGACGAUGAAGAAAUUGGUUCCCGAAGUAAACGGCGAAAGAAGAGGAAACGCACCGGAAGCGAUUACGACGAUGAUUGGUAUUCUUCACACGGGAGAACACGCAAAAUUGGUUCUCCUCGGAAGCGGCUUUCGCAGGAACAAAAGGCAGCCAAGGAAGACCGUGAAAAGAAACGAGUAGAACGAAGGGCGAAGUUGGAAGAAAAGCGAAAGCGUCGUGAGGAGGAGAAAAAGAUCCGCGAAGAAUUACGGAAGCGGAAACAGGCGGAGAAAAGAGAGAAAAAAGAACGAGAGCGAAUGGAAAAGAAAGAACAUCGUCAGUCGGAAUUGCAGCGGAAGGCGAUGGAACGAAUAAAAGAUCGGAUGACCAAAGAGAAACGAUCGCCUUCGAAAAAAUCGUCGAAUGGAACAUCCACCUUGAAAAAGAUAAAAAAUCAGCUGAUGAAGGAAUUGCCCCCUCAGUUGAAAAUGUUGGAGCAUCACAAGAAGUUUGAAGGUAAGAUUCCGCAUCUAAAGAAGCCCGGUGCCGAGGAGGUCAAUGGCAAUGGUGAUACCAAUGUGGAAGGUAGCAGCAGCACUAGCAGAAGUGAAACCAAAUCGGUAACGCCUAUUGGCAAACUUACUUUACCGAUUCCAUCAUCAACAACGUUGACUGUGAUAGAUAAACCGGGUUACGGCAUUAAACGGGAACCGAUGAGUAAUGGUGUGGUGAAUGGAAAAUCAACAACGCCACCAAUGAACGACAGUGGACUAGCCAAGAAAAUUAGCAGUAUUCCGCACUUGGUGGUCACGCAAAUCGAUGCUAGUGAAGCUAAAAGUCAUCCCUCGUACAACCGUUCGUCCGUUCCAGCUCACUGCAAUACUGGUAAAAUGACGGAGGGACAGAAACUUCCUCACCGACCAUCAGAAUAUGUUCCUCCUCCAGUCAAAAUUCCCAAACCUCCUACUCCAUUGAAACAGCGAAUGGAUUACAUGAGUGCAUUCAAUGCUUUCAUUGAAACUAAUAAUAAACAACCAACAGCAACUCUGGCACCCAGAAGACCCUUAGUGAAAACUGCGCGAGCGGACAUUUUGCCAAUUUUGGACAGAAAGAUAGAAAAAGUGCCCGAAUUGAAACCAUCGCAUGACCGUCCAUCCGUGGCCGAUAAUCCACUGGCAAACAGCUGUCGAACAUUCGAGACCUCUGCGGGCAGUAUUCAGAUUGUCAUCCGCCAGCAGCCAACACCGGAAGAAGAGGAAAUUAAGCUACACAAUUUACAGCCAGCUGCAGCUUCGAUAAUCGAGAUUCCCCCUAGCAACAACCUACUGAAUCUCCAAUACCAGCCACCGGAUUAUGUACUCCACCCGCCGCAAGUAAUAGAGCAACAACCUUCCCCGCAAAAGCUAGAGGAGCUAACCGAAUCGUCGAUGUCGUUGCAACCGUUCCCAGGAGAAGAACAGUUUCGAUAUUUCGAUAUAGCUGGAAACGAAAUUCCCGGUCCCUACCAGCAGUCGGUCGUCUACGAGAAACCUACCAUUGUUGACAGUAUUCAUACUUCCAAUACCCUGCAGAUGGAAAGUGAAAUCGCUGCGAUGCUGCUAGUAAACGGUAAUCACCGCCAUAACCAACUCAACCAGCAGCAGCAGGUGCAAUCCGCCGCUGUCAUUAGCGCUGUCGGCACCGGCUUCGUUUGGCCGAACAGUAGUAGUAACAAUCAGAACGGUUUUCUGAGUGAACGAAUAGUAGAAUUUAAUCACUAGGACUAGUAGCGUUUUAUCGUUCGUUUUAUCUGUGUCUUUUUUUUUGCAUCCCGGUAAGUUCCACAGCUUCCCCAUCAUCCCACCAGUCGCCCUGAGUCCAGUAGAUAUUCGCUGCGCGUACCGUUCCGAGGAACGGUUUUAUUUUUUAUAGUUUUCGAAAUUUUAAGUAUUAACUAAAUCUUCACUUUAUUUUCGACUCCAUUUCCCUCUUCAGUUCACCUUCUUUUAUAUUAAGUUUUCUUUCGAUGAAAGAAAUUACUAUACAUAAUUAUCGUGAUUAAAAGGACUGAGAAAGAUAAAAGAUGUGUAAAUUAUAAUUCCUAAUUAUAUUGAUUGAUACCGUGAGCUGUAUUUCAGUUCAUGCUGUGUAGAUUAUCGUUUUUUCGGAAAGAAUGUAUGCGUGCUUAAAGUGGAAGUGCCACCUCGCACUGUCUAUU